GUGAGCGCAGAGGUGGUUUGGGGCGAGGCUGAGCAAUUAAUGAUUUGGACUUGGAGGUGCGUCACGAGUUUCUUCCAUCAUAACGCGUUACAUAAAGGAGGAGAGAGAAUGGCCACUUCAGCUGCUUUUCUUAAGGGAGAUUUCAAACGCACAGGGAAAAUGGAGCUGUCAGACGAGCAGAAGAGUCAGAUGUGGAUCAAUUCCGUCAAUAGUGAAAACAAAGAAGCCCUCCUUGCAUGGGUUAAGGAAACUGGAAUUGAAUUGGUUCAAAUUAAUGGUCAGCGGAAAUAUGGUGGUCCACCUCCAGGAUGGAUUGGUAAUGCUCCAGUCAGUGGGUCAGAGGUUUUUAUUGGUAAAAUACCACAAGAUAUUUAUGAAGACAAACUAAUUCCGCUUUUCCAGAGUGUUGGAAAACUGUAUGAGUUUCGUCUGAUGAUGACAUUUAGUGGCCUGAAUCGAGGGUUCGCUUAUGCUCGCUAUAUAAGCAGACGGCAGGCUAUCAGCGCUAUUAUGUCUCUUAACGGUUUUGAGAUAACAAAGGGAUGUUGUAUUGUGGUCUGUCGGAGCACAGAAAAAAGUGAGCUUGCACUGGACGGGCUUCCUGGUACUUUUGAUGAAAACCUGCUGAAAAAUGUUUUGGAUGAGGUGACUUCAGGAGUGUCUUCAAUUUCUUUGCAUCCAAGUCCCACAAAAGAGAGCCAGGUUUUGGCUGUAGUGAAGUACGACUCACACCGGGCAGCUGCAAUGGCUAAAAAGACCCUUUGUGAAGGGUCUCCCAUUCUUCCUGGGCUUCCUCUUACUGUAAAUUGGCUGAAAACAGACAUGCGACAGAAGCUUCGUAGCACUGAUAAGCUCCAGCAGACCAAAGACCUAUCUCCAUUGCCUCUGCUUUAUACUGACCGCCCAGAUCUUCCAAAAGAGACCCUGCUAAGUGCUGUCGGCUGCCUUAAUAUGCUGUGCCAGGAGAUGAAGCUGGGCCGUCCUGUCUUCUUAAUAAAGCUUUUUAGCGUAACCUCAUUUGGAUGGAUUCGAUUUUGGUACCAAGUAGUCAUACCAACGUACCCAACCCCAUUUUGUGGCUAUGCCUGGAUGAUUGGUGAAAAUCUGGAGCUAAAUGAAAAAUAUGAGCAUGCAAGGCAAGUUGUUGCUAUGAAGAUCCUAUCUGCUCUUGGGUACAUUCCAGAUUUCUCACUGGGAGACGUCACUGCAAGGAAUGCCCUGUGAUUGUUUUCGGGGGCAAUGACCAAACCAAACUCAUUUGUGCUAUAUGUGAAGAUGUUGGUUUUUUUUUUUUUAAUAGCUUUAUCUCCUAAUGAUUUUAGUUAGUGCCACCAUAUGUGUGCGGUUGAGGACUCAUUUCUUUCACCUGGCAUUAAUAAAUCUGCCCUUGCAUCCUACAUUUUAAAGGGAGAUUUUUUUUUUU